CCCAUCUUUGCAUAUCACCCUCGUCCUAUCCUUCGCUUUAUCUUUGCUAUUUUUGCUUUUUCCGUUGGUGGAAGUACAGCCUCAAGUUUUCUGGGGCAGACUCUCUUUCGAUUGCGCCAGCUGGAAAGCUUACUUCCAAGGACCCUCUCAUAAAUAGACUGGGUUCCCCGUUUCCGGACUGCAGUUUCCACUCACUCGUCAAGAACUCAUUUGAGCCAUACAGUCCAUGAUGUAUCUCCGAUACGCUGCUGCACUAGCCUCAGUGCUUCCUCUCGCCGUCGCUCAGACAUUUACUGACUGCAAUCCUCUGGAAGAGACAUGCGAUCCUGAUCCAGGCUUGAACAGCAAGACUUUCUCGUCUGAUUUUACGCAGGGUGAAUCUGCCUUGGACGGUUGGGUCAAAGCUUCUGGCGAUGUCACUUUCGGCCCUGAUGGUGCUGAAUUUACCGUGGCAAAGAAGGGUGAUGCACCUACCAUCGACACCGACUUCUACUUUUUUUUCGGAAAGGCCGAAGUGGUGAUGAAGGCUGCGCCCGGUGUUGGUAUCGUUAGCAGCAUUGUCAUUGAGUCGGAUGUUCUCGAUGAGGUUGACUGGGAGGUUCUUGGAGGCGACACCACCCAGGUUCAGACUAACUACUUCGGCAAGGGCGACACCUCCAGCUACGACCGCGGCACUUUUGAAGCCGUCGCUACUCCCCAGGAGAUCUUCCACACCUACACCGUCACAUGGUCGCCCGACGCCAUCUCCUGGAUUAUUGACGGUAACACCGUCCGCACUCUUAACUAUGCUGACGCCAAGGGUGGAAGCCGCUUCCCCCAGACUCCCGCACGCCUGAGGCUCGGAAUUUGGGCUGGUGGCGAUCCCGACAACGCACCUGGCACCAUCGAAUGGGCCGGUGGCCAGACUGACUACAGCGCUGGGCCCUUCACCAUGUACAUCAAGUCUGUUCACAUCGAGAACACCUACCCCGGCUCCGAGUACACUUAUUCCGACAACUCUGGCGACUGGCAGAGCAUCAAGGUCGAUGACUCCACUCCUCCUCAGGAAACCACCAAAACAUCUAGCACUACGACCAGCACGGCCGAACCUACCAGCUCCACCAGCAGCGAUUCCGAAACAACCACAACCACCACCUCUGCCACUGACUCUGAAACCGAGACCGAGACUAGCACCCCGACCUCGAGCUCAGAGACAACCAGUUCCAGCUCUGAGUCGGAGCCUGCCUCUCCCACCGCGACAGAGACUGGAUCUGGAUCCGGCUCUGGGUCCAGCUCUGAGUCCGACUCAGCCUCCUCUACCCCUUCAGACUCUGGCAGCGCAACGCCUACCUCCAACGAAACUAGUGAGGACCCGGAGUUCACUGGCGCUGCCUCGUCCCUGACCCGCUCCGCUGGCGGGCUUUUCACGGUCUUGGGCAUGAUGGCCGCUAUGCUCCAGCUGUAAUUUGAUCACUUUUCUCCCAUUCGCGUCCACGAUAUUAAUAGGCGCUGCACAUACUAAUGAUGUGAAUACAUUGGUUGAUUGGAUUUUAUGAAGCGCGCAAUGGGUUGGUGUCUCUUUUUACCCCAUGUCCACUCUUGCACCUUAAAAGGGUCUGGAAAAUGUUGCACCAUCUCGAUGGAUUUUUAACGAAUUAUUCCGAUUGUUAAUUUUGCUGUCAAGGCCUUCCAGGGCAAUUUAUGCUUGCUUACGCGUGAUGUUAUGACUCGGUGGCCCUGGUUUUUGCUGUCUCUCUU